AGUGGCCAGAGCUGCCACUGAGCAUGCGCGGACGUAUCAACGUCACGUGCCAGAGGCCGGAGCCCGGGAUGUAACGCAGCAGCGCGGUGACGUAAGCACUGCGGAAAGUAGCGGUGGGAGGAGGAUCGGCCAUUUUGGGCUCCUGAGGAGGUAGCUCUAGGAUCGGGAGCAGUCACACCGGCGGCUGUCAGCCACAGCAUCUGAUGGAUCAGUCGUAAUCACCAUGGGAAGAGAAGACUAAAUCCAUUCCAUCAUGAUUGGAGGACUGUUCAUUUAUAAUCACAAGGGAGAGGUCCUCAUCUCCCGGGUGUACAGAGAUGACAUUGGAAGGAACGCAGUGGAUGCUUUCAGAGUCAAUGUCAUCCAUGCCCGGCAGCAGGUGCGCUCUCCCGUCACCAACAUUGCUCGUACCAGCUUCUUUCAUGUGAAACGCUCAAACAUCUGGCUGGCAGCAGUCACCAAGCAAAAUGUUAAUGCCGCCAUGGUGUUUGAGUUCCUCUACAAGAUGUGUGAUGUCAUGACUGCCUACUUCGGGAAGAUAAGCGAGGAAAACAUCAAAAACAACUUUGUCCUGAUCUAUGAGCUGCUUGACGAAAUCCUUGACUUUGGUUACCCUCAGAACUCUGAAACUGGAGCACUGAAAACAUUCAUCACGCAGCAAGGGAUAAAAAGCCAGACGAAGGAGGAGCAGUCUCAGAUCACUAGCCAGGUCACAGGACAGAUUGGCUGGAGGCGUGAAGGGAUCAAGUAUCGUCGCAAUGAGCUGUUCCUGGAUGUAUUGGAGAGUGUUAACUUGCUGAUGUCCCCCCAAGGACAGGUGCUUAGUGCUCAUGUGUCUGGCCGUGUAGUUAUGAAGAGCUACCUGAGCGGCAUGCCAGAAUGCAAGUUUGGCAUGAAUGACAAAAUUGUAAUUGAGAAACAAGGCAAGGGAACUGCAGAUGAAACAGGCAAAACGGGAAAGCAAUCGAUUGCUAUUGAUGACUGCACAUUCCAUCAGUGUGUCCGACUCAGCAAGUUUGAUUCUGAGCGCAGCAUCAGUUUUAUUCCUCCAGAUGGAGAGUUUGAGCUGAUGAGGUACAGAACAACAAAGGACAUAAUCCUUCCGUUCCGUGUCAUCCCCCUUGUGCGUGAGGUGGGGCGUACAAAGCUGGAGGUUAAAGUGGUCAUAAAAUCCAACUUUAAACCUUCCCUGCUGGCUCAAAAAAUUGAGGUUCGAAUCCCUACUCCACUUAACACAAGCGGAGUGCAGGUCAUUUGUAUGAAGGGAAAAGCAAAGUACAAGGCUAGUGAAAACGCCAUUGUCUGGAAGAUAAAACGCAUGGCUGGAAUGAAGGAAUCUCAAAUCAGUGCCGAGAUUGAACUCUUGCCUACCAAUGACAAGAAGAAAUGGGCCCGCCCUCCUAUUUCCAUGAACUUUGAGGUUCCAUUUGCUCCGUCCGGUCUCAAAGUUCGAUACCUGAAAGUGUUUGAACCGAAGUUGAACUACAGCGACCACGAUGUGAUAAAAUGGGUGCGCUACAUUGGACGCAGUGGAAUCUAUGAAACCCGUUGUUAAUGCAUCAAUAUUCAGAGAGGAGGGAGAUACUUCCUUUAUUAAACUUAUCCCGUCACACUACACUUUGAUGGGGUAACAGAGAACCCAAGUAAAAAAGGGAGACCAUUUCCUUUAAGCUAUGUUGGAUGUAGCGUACUCCUUUCCUUUCUUGCUUCUUCCGCCCGACCAUUACAGCCGUUUUGGCUCCAUGGCCCCAUUCAGCCUGGAGGCUCUGUAAAGAAAUUUAGCAUUGGAAAGCUGACCACAAUUAUAGGGAUCUCUUCGGCCACCUUGCUGCUAUGUGGUUUUUUAAUACCCUUCUCGCAUAGCUGCACCUUAAUACAUAACCACAUCAGUCUGUGAAUAUUGCUGGCAGAUAGUAUUUCUGAAUAGUGUAGUGCUUCAUGCAGGCUUCCAUCACAUCCCUCUUCUACAUUAGAUAGUUGUGUCAUGUUUACGAUGUCCUCAGUAUUUGUCAUUAGAGCUCUUAACGGUGUCACGGACCAGUUGAAAUACAGUAAAGAGCGGUGUGUGAGCCCUGGCAUAAGUGCUUGGGUUAGGUAACUGCAGCAGUUUUCCUUUGCCUGCUGAGUUGCACCAAAUCUGUAUGACAAGGAUUUUUUAGUUGGAAGAAAUAUUAAGACCAAACUAAGGAGAAGUAGGUUCAGUGUAAUCUUCAGGCAGUCCCUCUGUGAAAAGACCAAGGUAUAAACACACAUCAUUCAUUGUCAUGGAGUGCAAGGAAUAAAACAUAUCCCUGCCAGAGAAAAGUCACUACAACUUGAAGCAGCAAGGAUGUGAUUCUACACCACCUUCUGGUGUGACUUGUGUGGUCCUGUGACUUCUCUUGUCCCUGUACUCCUUGUGCUGUGAUUUGCUCUGUUUUUUCUUGUGAUGGUCGAAUUAUAAACCUAAUAAACAGUGUAGAAAAUCUAA